AUGCGUCACUCGAGUAGCGCACCCUCGUCGGCGGCCGCGAUGGAUGAGGCCCGUUCUCGCCGACUCGGCACAGUCCACGCGCUAUUAGACGGCUACGGGAGCCUCUCUGUACCACAGCUUCUCGGAACGACGUCGCUAGAUUUUCAUCACCAAGUACUACCUGAGAGCCUAGGAAUGGCACCGCGAAAUAGAGAAUCGUUUGCACAGCACGCAGCGGGAAUAUUCAGCAUAUUCGACGAAUUCAGGAUGAUCCCGAAGUCUAUCGCAGACGACGGACCGGGGAAUAUGGCGGUAGUCCACGCACGGAUGCAAGGGAUACUUAAGGGAGGAGCUGGCGAAUGGGUGAACGAGUGUGUCAUGAUGAUCCAUCUAUCGCCCGACGGGAGUCAAGUGGUCCGGAUCACGGAGUUUGUGGACAGCGCCAAAGCCCUGGAGAUGGCACGGAAGCAUGCACCCGACAACUUCGGUUGUAAUAGUUCGGAGUCAAGUCGUGGUGGUAGUGGUGAAAAGGGGGAGAAACAAGGAAGAGAGGACAACAAGACCAACUCUAAGUCGAUGACGCUAUUACUUGGAUUGGUAUUGGCUCAAUUUAUUGUUUUAAUAUUGUUAUUAUAUUUAGGUCAAGGGGUGAUCUUUUAA